AAUCAAAUAAUUAGAAAAGAAAAAGUGAGUUAAUAACAGAGUAACGAAGAGCAAAAGAAAAACAUAAACGAGAGUUGAGUAAUUGAGUUCCUUAGUGGCGCUCACAAAUUGUUUAGAGAUCCCAUUAAACAGGGGAAGCAAAAACAGCGUUGAACACAGUAACAGAAAGCGAUUGCGAGAAGAUGGAGGAAUCAGAAUCGACGAUUGACAAGGUGGUGGAGGAGGUGGAAAAGGUGAAGAAGGAAUGGGAUGAAACGUACAGGAAAACGCAGAAACAUAUCGAGGCAAUCGCAGAAUAUGGAAAAUCAGGAAGAGAGAAAGAGGAGAAAAAUUCGCUCGCUAGGUUGAACGGGAUCGCUCAGGAUGGCUUGUCACUCCUCUCUUCCUUUCUCUUCACUCUCGAUCUUCUCGCCCCUCAGUUGCCCUCCCCGCCGGAGGUCAAAUCUGCACGCGCAUUGCUUCAAUCCUGGAAAACCCUAACUCAAAAUUUGCGGCUGAAUCUGAGGAAUGCCAAUUUGCAAGCAAAGGCUAACUUGAGGAAAACUGCUCAGGAGGAGAGAGAACUACUUCUAGGUGGUGGAGAAGAGUCCACUGCUCGCAGGCGCAAUUUACAGACAAAAGCUGGAAUGACAUCUGCUGCAGAAAGCAUCACAGAAAGCCUUCGUCGAACUCGUCAGUUGAUGGUUCAGGAGGUUGAAAGAAACACAAGCACACUUAUGACUCUUGAUGAAUCAACUGGAGUGUUAAAGAAGGCUGAAAGUGAAUAUAAAGGGCACCGCUCUUUGUUCAUGAGAACACGAAAUCUCCUCUCCGUAAUGCAACGUCAAGAUGUCAUGGACAGGUUGAUUCUUGGGAUUGGCUUUUUCUUAUUCUCCCUUGCUGUUCUUUAUGUUGUUUCCAAGCGGAUUGGACUACUUACGUUGCAGAGAAAGAUUACUGAGGCAAUAAAAGCUGGUGUUGUGGGACAAGCAGACCUAAGACCCCAAGCUGUUGCAGGGAACGUGAAUCUGCAUCAAGUCAGAGUGGAUCAUGUUCAUAAUAUAGAGGCUCCUUUAGAACAAAGAAUACAUGAUGAACUAUGAUGAUAUGUAAGCAAUAUACUCAUGUUGUCAAUGUUUAUUUAUUUACAUUUAGAGA